AUGGUGGCGUCCUCGCUGCCGGUGACGAGCAGGCCCUGCGCCUCGCGCACCGCCAUGCUGGUGAUGCGCAUGGUGUGGGGCUUGGUGGUCUGCACGAGGCACAGGAAGUCGUCGUCGCGGGCCGCCUCCCCCGCCGCCUCGCGGUUCUGCAGCGCCACCACCGCCACGCGCACCAGCCCGUCCGCGCCGCCGCACACCACCACGUCGCCCGUCGGCUCCACCUGCGCGCCACGCCCGCCCGCUCCCAGUCAGCGCAGGUCCCAUUCAAAACUAAAUACGUCAAAUAGUGACAUAACAAUAAAUCUAUCUCUGUACGAGCCGGAUCCCACGGCCACGAUAUGCUGCAGUAGGCGAGACGCCAAUACUUGCAUGAAAAUUGCGAUGUCCGAAAGGAUAGGAAUGACUCCACAGCAGGGAAGUGUGGCGGCAUUGCACUACUGCGGCCACACGCACCUGCGCUGCAAAGCACUGCUCACUUUUUCAGAUCGCCAAUAUGCCCAAAACAAAACAGUAAGCGUAAUAGUCGUACUCUUACGAGCUAACAACCUUCAAAAUAAUUCUCCAAGGCCUUUACACAUCUUUGCCAACGAUGAGGAAGGCAGUGCAUCCAUCCAAGCAAUGAAAAAAAUAGUGAAGUGUCUCGUUAAAGUAUCCAAAAUGCCGGAAGAAGGGGCAGAGGGCACGACCGCUGGUCCAUCCAGUGGAGAUGCUGCACCAAGAACAUCAGUUUCAAAGAGCCAUAAGAUGAGUGCAAAACGUGUACCAAGUCGCAUUGAACAGUCUGUUGACGUUGGAGGCGAUGAUAUUGACUCCUGGCUGAAAGCAAAAACUGUCCUGAAACCAGAAGACCAACUGGAGUUAACUGAUGUGGAGUUGAAAGAAGAACAUCCACGUGUUUUGGUUCAAGGAAAUCCUCAGACUCCGUUAAAUGUUGUUGAAUUUAGUUAUAAAGAAAGAAGUUAUGUUACUAUUCCAGCUCCUCCUCCUCUUCAGCUGUUAUAUGAAUUACAAGGGAUUGCUCUUAAUAUGUAUUCAGAUGAAGCACAGGGGGUCAGACAAUCAAUUAUGGAGGACAUAGCAGUAGAGGAGGAGGAGGAGGAGGAGGAAGAAGAAGAAGGGGAGGGUGAAAUGUUACCAGAGGGUGAGGGUGAAGAAGGUGAAGCAGAGGAAGAUGAAGAGGAGGAGGAAGGAGAUGAAGGACAGAGAGAAGGAGAUGAUGAUGAAGGUGAAGAAGAAAUUCAAAAACCAAAGAAAAUUACCAACAUGUUCAAUUUUUGUGAGCGACCAGCCCAGACUUUCAUCCGUUUCAAGAGAGCCAUGGAGACUCAGACGCUUCCUGCCUCUCGGCUCCCAAUGGGAGAUCAGGUUACUCAGUACAUAAUAUAUGAUUCCUAUGAAAAGGACUUUGCAGCAAAGGAAGAGGAAAAGGAGAGAGAGAGACUUGCGAAAGAACGAGCAGUUCCUACCGGGCUGGCCACUGCUGCAGAAGCUCCAGUUUUGCUGCAUAAGAAAGAGAAGAAAAUUACAGAUUUUGAAAUCAUCUCUAAAAAGAUGGUUAAUUCUGCAAAAACGCUAGAAAGAAUGGUUAAUCAAAACAUCUUUGAUGGUGUAUCGCAAGAUUAUAGAAAUUAUGAAGAUCCUGCAGAUGAUCUCCGGGAGAAAGAAGGCACACUUCUACCUUUGUGGAAAUUUUCAUAUGAGAAAACAUUUAAAAGUGCUCCAGAUGGUGCUGUGUGUCUUUAUACUUUGAAGAACCCAUCCUACCCUGAUUACAUAUGUAUGGUAGAUUAUGUGGUUUUGUGCAUAGACAUUCACCCCCAACACCCUCAUUUGUUUGUAAUUGGAAAAUCAGAUGGGAAUGUGGCUGUAUACAAUGUUCUGUUGGCAACAAGUGAACCACAGUUCAAAAGCAAUUCAGUGAAAUACAAACAUGGAGGUAUUGUUUGGCAGGUGAAGUGGGCAGCUGACUGGCCGGAUGGAGAGAUGGUCUUCUACUCCAUCUCUGAUGACGGCUUCAUAUUUCAGUGGGUCAUUACAUCAAUGGGUAUGACAGAAAGCAAAGUGAUGCCCAUUGACCUUGACAUCCCCCCAUGCCCUGGACCUGAGGGAACCAGUGUGCGCCUCAAAGGUUGUGGAAGAACUAUGUGUUUCCAUCCAACAGAUCCUCUUAUCUGUUUAAUUGGAACUGAAGAGGGAUUUAUUCACAAAUGCAACAUCACUUAUGCAUCAAAUUAUCUGUUCACUUAUGCAGCACAUCGAUUGCCUGUGUACAAGAUUAAUUUCAACAAAUUUAACUCUGAUAUAUUCAUCUCUUGCAGUGCUGGUUGGGGUAUAAAAAUGUGGGAAGAUUGUCGAGAAAACUUUGAUUCUUUUUUCUCUUCUCUAUCUCAUGUAACUGCCCAAGCACCAUGUACUUUGAACUAUGGAACAGGAUGCCCUCUUUCUGGCUGGUUUCCUCCUAUGGAGGAAUGUAAGAAAGCAAAUACCCCAGAGAUAAAUGGAGAACAGGAGGUAGACAUUGGAUAUGUGGUUGAAAUUUCAUGCCAAGAGAAAAACACUUCUGAAUUUCCUUUCACAAUUGAAGAUAAACAAAAUGUUGACAUGUGUAGUUCAGCAAAACCAUUGCCAUCUAUUGAAAAUAAAUUUAAUUUGAGAGUAUUUGUGGGAAAUCUUAGUCAGGAAACAGAUGUAGCUGGUGUGAAAGAAUUGUUUACAAAACAUACUGAAAUACUUGAAGACGAAAUAGUUGAUGCAAGCAUGUUGUGGAAAGUAAAGAAAGAUGAUAAUGAUUUGAUAUUUACUUUCGUAGAGUUUGCUAAUGAACAUGCUUUUCAAACAGCUUUAAAAUUAAACAAUUUUCUUCAAAAUGGUCAAAAUUUACUUGUUCUUCCAUCUGUGCAAACUCAUUUUGGCCUUUUCCACAUGGAAAAAACAAUAAAAGAAGAUGAAGAAACAGAAAAAAUAGAAGAAAAGAACAAAAUUACAGAAGAUGACAAACAUGAAGGAACACAGAAAUUUGAACAAGUGGAAGAAAUUAGAGAUAGUAUUGACAAAGAUAUAAACAUGAAGUGUGUUUUUAACAGUGAAUACAUUCCAGAUUAUAAAAGGAGUGGGCAUGUAGCAGAAAAAAUGGAAGAAACAGACAAAAUCACAGAAAUUGAUAAACAAGAAGAAACACAAAAAUUUGAACAUGUAGAAGAAAUUAGAAAUAGUACCAAAAAAGAAAUAGAGGGAAAUACGAAGUGUGCCGAUAACAGUGAAUACAUUCCAGUGUAUAAAAAGAGUGGGCAUGUAGCAUAUUUAAAACAUCUACCACCAGAUGUAACAGAAGAUGAAGUCCUGCAGCUGUUCAAUUUUACUCGUAAUGAAGUAGUGGAUAUUUCUGUCCUUAAAUUUAGUCGAGGGAAAAAAUCAAAUAGUAAACGCUCAGAAGUAAGGGCUGUAAUUGCCUUUCCAUCAGAAGAAAAUUUGGAGAAGUGCCUUGCUCAAUCGCAGAAACCAUUUCGAAAUCUUUGGGUUGUUGCUGAAAGACAUGGAAUGGCAAAGAGUACUUUAGGUGAUAAACGAUCCUUCAGCCCCAAUGUCUCUAAUGAUUGUACUGAGACUAGUUCAUCUCCAAAACGGCAAGCCAUCAGUGAUGUGUCUGAAAAAGAUAUUGUCUCCACAGAUAAACUAGAGCUUGACUUGUUUGUGAAACACAUCAAUUGGAAUGUUUCUGAUCGCAUUAUACGAGACUUUUUUGCCAGUGUUGGGGCUAAAAUUCAAGGAAUGAUGCAACUUGGUGAUCCAGGAAUUAAAGGUCGAGGCAUGUGCUUUGUUACAAUGGAAGACAAAGAGUCCCUUCUGAAGGGUCUUGCCCUAGAUGGAGUAGUAUUUUUAGGUAACAAAAUCAAAGUGAGUAUUCGCAAAGAUCGGAAGUUUCUUUUGAAGCCAGUCGAAGAUGAAAUGCCUCCAAACUAUAGUACAUUUAUUGCAAAACUUCCAGUUAAGAAAAGUGCUGAAUCUCUAAAAUCUGCUCUGAGUAAGUUCCUCAAAAAAGCUGAUUGUUCUGUAAAAAAUAUGUUUAUCCCUCUGGCUGACAAUCACUCAGGCAAUCGAGGUUAUGCCUUUGUAACUUUUGAAGAUGAAAAAUCUUUGACAAAAGCUUUGGAAUUUAAUGAUUCAGAAAUUCAAAUUUUUGAUGGUUCAGUGAAAAUUACAGUUUCAAACCAUUGGCCUGAAAAUUUGAAGGGAAUAAGAGACUCAGUUUUAAAAAAUAAAGAUCAAGAUUGUAAAAGAAGUUUUGAAGGUGACCAAGAGUCUUCAAAAAGUGGAAAACAACAUAGACGUAGAAGAAAAGCCCCUUCUCCCUAUCGAGGAACAGUUUAUAAGAGUCAAAGAGAAGGUUCAAAAAAAUAUACUAUGCUAGGUUCCAGUGCUGUUGAAUACCCUCUAAACCGGCAGCAAGGGUUUUCAAACUAUAAUUCCUAUGACUCUGACUAUAUUGCAUAUCUUGAUUAUCUUGAAUUCCGUGAUUAUGUGGCUAAGAAAAAAGGUUACAAUUUUUCUGACUAUAAUGCUCACCAACAACUAGGAAGCAAAGAUGAAUUUCAUCAGAAGCAGAAAGUUUGCCAAUCUUAUUUACCCCCUGUGUCACAAAGUUAUUUUGGUACAAAUGUCACUAGAACAUACCAGGAACCAACAUUGAAAUCCAGUGAGAUGAGCAGGGAGAGCAGAUGGCGAAAUUAUUCUUCAAAUAUUUCAUCAAGAUGUGGAAGUGAUGUUGGAUACAAUUUACCUCUGACUGCACCUUCAACUGAUGUCGAAUGGGCUCCAUAUUCAAGUACAGUGUUUGGAGCUGCAACUUCUGAUGGGAGAGUUCAUAUAUUUGAUGUAAAUGUUGAUAAAUAUAAUCCAAUAUGUUCUCAACAAGUUGUAUCAAAAAAGCGCAACAAAUUAACAAAAUUGGCUUUCAAUUCCUAUCUCCCUUUCAUUGUGGUUGGUGAUAUCAGGGGAGUUAUAUUGAGUUUGAAAUUAUCUCCGAACUGCCGUAAGAAAGUGAAACCACCUAAAAAAGGUCCUCAGUUGACAAAUACUGAACUUGAAGUCAAUAAACUUACUACUAUUUUGUCUCAUGUUCGUGAAGAUAAGCAGUUGGUGCCCCCUCCAGACAGAGAGCGUGCCGAAGAAGAAGAAGAAGCAAGGCACCAUGGAUAACGUAAUCUUGAAAUAUGUUCAGUAUUUUUAGUAUUUUGUAACAUGUGCUAUACAAUUUUGUUAUAAAUGUAUUCCAAAAGGAUGCAAUGCAGCUUAAUGUGUAGCAUAGAAAAAGAAUAUUCCAAAGUCAAAAUGGUGUGAAAUAUUAAUUUCAAUUUAAUAAAUACAUUUCUUCUAAAUACAUUCAUCACAAACAAAUAAUUUGAUGAACCAACUUAUCUGACAGACAGUUCAGGGAGAUAUGUUGCUGAAAAGAGUAAAACACUCAUUAAGAAGUAGAAACCUAGCUUUUUCAGUAAAAUGACGAAGCAGUGAUAUUCAAAGUGUGUAAUGUGUUGGAUCCACACAUCACAUUUUUGAAAAUGGAUAUUAAAUUUUUAAAAACUUGAAUUUUGAACUGUUGAUCAUCUUGAAAUUCGGUAUAAAGAAUAAAAGUUGUGUUGCAGGAAAAUUUUCAUUCUUAUUUUAGUUCAUUUUAAAACCUCUUUAGUCAACCAAGUUUCAAGGUUUGAAGGACCUUUAGGAAUAACGUAUUUCUGGCUCAACAUAUUUAAAAUGCAAACAAUUAGACACAUUUCA